GCCGCAGCCCCAGGAGGCCUGGAGGAGGGACACAUUCCCCCAAGUCCCAGGACAGGCUUCUUGGCAGGCUGGGACCUCAGGCGCACACAGGGCUUGGCUGCAUCUCCGUGGAGCCUGCUGCACAAAGCAGGGCCCGGCCCAGAGCAACCAGCCGCUCUCAGCUGCCGCUCAGCGAGGGAGAAGGAGGCAGGGGACAAGCUCCGGGGUCUGGAUGUGACAAGAGGCGGCGUGUGUGCAUCCCCGCAUGGCAGGCACUGCCGGGCCCCUACCUCUAGGAAACGAGGUGGGCUCCAGCCCCUGUCAUGCAAGCCUCGUUGGCCAGCUCCCAUCAUGAACCAUGGAAACAGUGAUCGCUCCACGGGCGGGAGACACUGGCCGGCCUUUUCUGCCCCCCAGGAACUGUGGGGCGUGGACCACCACUCCAGAGAUGCCUGGGCGUGUUCAGUUUUGCAAGCCACCGUGGCCCACGCUGCUGGCAUGGACAAGAGGGCUCCCCUGAUGGAGAGUGCUGUGACCUGCGGGCAACUCCCAAAGAGCUAUGGCUCGGGCUCAGGUCCUGCAGGACAGGCGACAAGAGCACGGCUCUACAGGUACCGUCCCGCCGUGCAGACCAGCCAGUGCUGCCCGGCCCCACCUGCCGCUCUGCCUCUCAAGGCAGAGACAUUUGCUUGGGUUAACAAUGCAUCAGCACAUUCCCAGAGUGUUGCCAAGGCCAAGUACGAAUUUUUAUUUGGCAGAUCCGAAGAGAACACUCCAGACACUAGUGAUCAUGGAGGAAGCACUUUACUCCCGUCAAAUGUCACAAAUGAAUUUCCAGAAUAUGGGACCAUGGAGGAGGGUGGUGAGGGCCUAAGAGCCUCCCUGGAGCUUGAUGCAGAGUCUCUGCCAUGCCGGGCAGUAGGCCAGCAAGGCGUCCAGCGGCCUGCUGGCCCCUAUGCCGGGCCCGACAGUGUUAUAGGACCAAAAGGUGUCAGAGAGGCCCCUUCUCAAAGUCACCUCAAGGAACAAAGUUUACAGCCCAUUGACUCUUUGAUUUCAGCUCUGAAAGCCACAGAAGCCAGAAUAGUUUCAGAAACAUUACAGGCUACAAAGGUACUGGACAAAGAUGCUGUUUCUAGCUUUUCAGUUCAGCAGGUGGAACAAGAGCUGGACAGUGGCAGCCGUAAAACACAGAGAGCCAGUGAGCCCCUUACUGCUGGCCAGGAAAACACACGAGAUAUACCUCUUCCAGCUGAAGAAACAGGUGAGGAAAAUUUGUAUUUGAGCAUCCAGGAGGACCUGGCUGCACUGUUAACUGGAGAAACUCAGGCUGUGCUUCCCCAGAUAACCAGUAAUGGGAGCAAAGGGGCUGUCUGUGUGCAGGAGCCAGCCUGUCCUGUGUCCUGCAUGGGGGGGCACACAGCGACCCGCAGUUCUGUCCACGGUGUUGGUUUCUUGAAAGAGCAAAGGUCUGAUCUUGGGAGAGAGCACCCAGGGAGAUGUGAUCAUAGCAGCUCUACAGGACGCCCGGGCCGGACCAAGCAUGUGGAAUUUCAUGGUGUAGAGAUACUGUGGACGGGUGAGAGGAGGGAGACCCAGCACCCUACAGAUACGGAGACAUCACUGGAAAGAAGAGCCUCCCUUGAGAGCAAAGCGUUUUCCAAAGCGCCCAGCCAUCUCCCCCCGUCCGCUGGUUUGCGUAGCUCCACUGGUCUGCCUGAGAGUCGGCGGGCUGAAUCCUGGAGAGCUCCUGGAGAGAGGCCUGCCACCAGCUCGGGGACAUUUUCCCCUGUGCCUCUCCUGGAGAGUGGAGAGGAUGAAGUCUUCCUGAAGGAAAACAGACACCCUCUGGAGAAAGACAAGGACAGGACCCUUGACCAGGAGGAGCAUACCAGGGGAGGAGACGAUGAUAUUCUUGGGCCCGGAUAUACCGAGGACUCCACUGAUGUGUACAGCUCCCAGUUUGAAACCAUUUUGGACAACACUUCUUUAUAUUACAGUGCAGAGUCCUUGGAAACGUUAUACUCAGAGCCCGACAGCUAUUUCAGCUUUGAAAUGCCCCUCACGCCCAUGAUACAGCAGCGCAUCAAGGAAGGUGGCCAGUUUUUGGAAAGGACAUCAGUGGGAGGACAGCAGGAUGUCCUGAGUGUCUCUGCGGAUGGCGGCAUAGUGAUGGGCCUUUCUAGUGGAAUCACCAACGGGCUGAGUGAUGCCAACAACUGCAUCUACCUGGAAGGCACCCCCGAGAUGGCUUUCUGGCAAAGCAAUCCUGGGGUGAAAACAACAUGUCUAGAGGCUCAUUCUGAAAUGGGGAGCACUGAAAUCCUGGAAAAGGAGACCUCAGAAAGUCUCAGCAAUGGUACCAGCAGCAACGUGGAAGCAGCCAAAAGGUUGGCCAAACGCCUCUAUCAACUGGACAGAUUCAAGAGAUCGGAUGUUGCCAAACACCUCGGCAAGAAUAAUGAAUUUAGCCAGCUCGUUGCUGAAGAAUAUCUGAAGUUUUUUGAUUUUACGGGAAUGACGCUGGAUCAGUCUCUCAGGUAUUUCUUUAAGGCUUUUUCUCUUGUGGGAGAAACUCAAGAACGAGAGAGAGUUUUAGUACACUUCUCCAAUAGAUAUUUUUAUUGUAAUCCAGACACCAUUGCUUCACAAGAUGGAGUCCAUUGCCUUACCUGUGCUAUGAUGCUUCUCAACACGGAUCUACAUGGCCAUAAUAUUGGAAGGAAGAUGACCUGCCAAGAGUUCAUUGCAAAUCUCCAAGGGGUAAAUGAAGGUGCUGAUUUCCCCAAGGAUCUGUUGAAAGCUCUGUACAAUUCGAUCAAGAAUGAGAAGCUUGAAUGGGCAGUAGAUGAUGAAGAGAAAAAAAAGUCUCCCUCAGAAGGCACUGAUGAGAAGGCUAAUGGAAUGCAUCCCAAAACCAUCAGUCGCAUAGGCAGCACCACCAACCCAUUUUUGGACAUUCCUCAUGACCCAAAUGCUGCUGUGUACAAAAGUGGAUUCUUGGCUCGGAAAAUUCAUGCAGAUAUGGAUGGAAAGAAGACUCCAAGAGGAAAGCGAGGAUGGAAAACCUUUUAUGCUGUACUGAAGGGAACAGUUCUUUACUUGCAAAAGGAUGAAUAUAAGCCAGAGAAGGCCUUGUCUGAGGAGGACCUGAAGAACGCCGUGAGCCUGCACCACGCCCUGGCCUCCAAGGCCACGGACUACGAGAAGAAGCCCAACGUGUUCAAGCUCAAAACUGCCGACUGGAGGGUCUUGCUUUUUCAAACCCAGAGUCCAGAGGAAAUGCAAGGGUGGAUAAACAAAAUUAACUGUGUUGCAGCUGUAUUUUCUGCACCGCCUUUUCCAGCAGCCAUUGGCUCUCAGAAGAAGUUCAGCCGCCCACUUCUGCCUGCCACAACAACAAAACUGUCUCAAGAGGAACAGCUGAAAUCCCAUGAAAGCAAGCUGAAGCAGAUUACCACUGAGCUGGCCGAGCAUCGCUCCUACCCCCCUGACAAGAAGGUCAAAGCCAAGGACGUAGAUGAAUACAAACUAAAAGACCACUAUCUAGAGUUUGAGAAAACCCGGUAUGAAAUCUACGUCAGCAUCCUCAAAGAGGGAGGCAAGGAGCUGCUGAGUAACGAUGAAAACGAGGCUGCCGGACUGAAGAAGUCACACUCAAGCCCUUCGCUGAACCCAGAUUCCUCCCCCAUCACCGCCAAGGUCAAGCGCAACGUGUCCGAGAGGAAGGAUCACCGGCCUGAGACACCAAGCAUUAAGCAAAAAGUCACUUAGAAUUCAUCUGCGGCCAGGAAGUGCUGGUCAUGGAGCAAAAUAGGAUUUUUCACGAUCUUUCGGGUAAUCCAUGAAUAUAUUAAAAAAAAAAAGUCUGUGACUAAAUGGUGCAUUAGUAACUUUUUCUAUUGUAUAUUUUUUGUUAGUUUCUGUACAGACUGUCUUUGCUCUUGAUUUCUUUGCUUUGAUGAUUUUUUUGCAAAUUGAUAACUAAUGCACCUUUUUUGUGAGGGGGAGGGGAUCAUGAUUUCAGAAUGAAUUAUGCAUUCCUUCUCCUUUGGUUUUCUCUUGUUUGCACACUGCUCAGUUGUCUUAUGUAUUCUCGAAUCAACUGUUAUACCUUUUUUUAAGGUUAAAAAAUUUAAUCCAUUGUGAAACACUUAACUGGACAAACUUUGUAGUUUAGUAAAUUCUAGCCAGAGUUAAUAUAAGCCUUUAUAUGUGAACUCUUGCCCAGUCACAGAGGUGGAAUUGAGCGCUCCCGAUGCUCAAGUAAGGAUGACAAGGCUGGGAAUCAAGAGGUUCCAGUACCAUGCAGCUCUGUGUGCAUCUUCGCACUGUUGUUGUUUCCCUGGAAGCAGGGAAAGGGGCGUGCAGAUCACAGGGCUGGAGGACUUAGGGGCACACAGCAGCUGGCUUCAAGUGUGGAUUCCAUUUCAGCCAAGCAGGGGGAAGCAGAAGUGGAGUCGUACUGCUGUGGAAGGUUGAGGGAAGCCUGCUCCCCUGUGGGUUUUGUUUUCUACAGGAUGGUGGCAGUAAUGGGUCCCCGGGGAGCUGCAGCCGUAGGCAGGUGUUUGUUACCUCACUCCCACAGGGGUAGACUAGGAAUCCAGAAUCAUCUCUGUUGUUGGUACCCUUCCAUCCAGGAAUAGGUUCUUUUUAACUCUAACGUGUAUGUAUAUAUUAGGCAUGGGUUGUUUCCUGGUUGUAAGAAUAUUGGGGGUCUUCUUCCUAACAACAUGUUGAAAGUGGAACCCCAUUUUUUUCUUUCCUUAAAUCAUGACAAAAUAAGGAGGAAAAAGAAGCUGCAGUUGCCAGGCAAUAGGUGUAAGGCCGAUCUGGAAGUGCUACCCUGAAUUGUGGCUGGGAAACAGAAAUCUGCUGGCGGCUAUGGGAAGUUGCCUGGUCCAUUUUUCAUGACCAUCUCUUGUGUAGCCAUUUCACUCUGCUACUACUGAGCUUCCUCGUUAAAAAAAAAAAAAAAAAAAAAAUUCAAGCUGCUCUGUUAACCUUACAGGCACAAGCUUGUUGCAGUGAUAGUCCCUUUGAAAUUCAAGGUGAUCAACAGAAUAUUCUCUUACAGAGGAAGAGGAGGCAGUGUGAAAGUUCAGCCCACUUUGGCUUUAGAACUUUCCGAUUCCCAAGUCUUGAAAUUUUGUAGUCCUGAAAGUUACAAUCUCCACAAAUCCAGAACUAAUGGAGUCACUUUGAAUAUUCUUUUUCCUCCUCUAGAAGUCUACUCGGUUUAUUAGUUUGACGGUACGAUGACCAAAGAAUCAGCUGCUCUGAGUGGAUAGUGUGGUUCCAGUGAACUUGAGAAAGCCCGUUGUGGAUGUGGGGUGGUUUCUAGUGGUAUAUGAUGAUGAUGUACUGGCCUUUACUUGCAGGAAGAUUUAUCAGUGUUUACAUCCUUCCCCAUGUAUAUGUCCAUAUUUGCAAGUGCCCAGAGAAGAGUAAUCUCCCCCUAAGUUGUAGUUGCUUGCUUGCCUCUUGCGGUACUUUGAAAAAACUAGCUCGCUCGCUCUCUCUGUUUCUCUCUUGUUUAGGUAGAAGCAAUGAAUAAAUUUCUGUUUCAGAACAGGAAACAAACAGGGCAGUUAUUCUUAUGGCCCAUGCACCUGAUGCAUUUGCAUAGCUCUUUAAUGAAUCCAAGGUUUCCACAAGCAGGUUGUCUUUCUGCCUAAAAUCUGAAUUAUCAGUGUGUUUGUUUUCUGCAUCAAUAUUUAUUAGUAGGUGAGGGGAGAGAGGUACUUAAGCCAUGUCAUCUAUGGCUUGAAUGUGUUUGCCUACUUUGUGUGUCUGCGUAUAGAGAAUGUUUGUGUGCGUUUGACUGAUAGUCUGUAGUCUAUGUUGAAUGGUACCUUGCUAUGAUAUUUCUGGCAUGGAGGGUCAUAUUGAAAUACUACGAUAGCAUGUUCCUGUUACAGCACUCAUUAAGUGCUCGCCCCAGGGACUUCUGGAUGCGCUAAGAGAUCAUUGGAUGAGAAGGGCACUGUUGAAGCUGAGGAGUACCGCCUUGCACAGUUCAUCUCAUAAACAACUUCCAAGGCGUUCCUUUGUGAGCCGGGAUCCCAGAUUGCCCCAGCAUGAUGCUGUCCGUCUGUAUGGGAUGGGCUGAGCAGCUGAGAGCUCUUCCUCCCCGGCACUCUGUAAGGAUGUCACAGCAGACUGAGUGUGUCCCAUGGGAGGAACGCACUUCCUGAGCUGACCGCAUCCGGAGAGUCUGGCCCGUGACCAGCCGUGUUUUCUUUUGUGGCCAUUGCUUCCAUCUGGCACCUAGCCAGAAGGGGUGGAAGACGUUUCCUGGCACAGCUCCCCACAGUCAGGGCCCAGUUAACGGUACAGGGGCGCGUGCUGCCUCCCUCUCCCUCGUAGGUACUUCACCCCUCCCUGCCCCAUGCCCGGGCCUCACCCUACCUCACUGCCCAGGAGUCUGGGAUUUCUCCCUUUGUGACAAGUAAUUAUUUCUCAUCACAUAAAUACCCUAAUAGGAACUUCUGACUUCAAGGUCUUGAUAGUCAUCAAAAUACCCUGGUGAUGGUCUUAUUGCAAAGUCAUCCGCAGAAGUAGCCCAGGUAUAAAACCCCAGAGUGCAGUGGGGUUUGUCCCCACCUUGCCUGCUGGCUUUGACAGGUCAAGAACUCCUUGCUAGCAAUCAGACUUCACUCCUGGCAUGCAGAAUGCUGCUUUUAUUGCCAAACCAUAGACAUUUCUCAAAGGUACUUUAGGAAAAAAAAAAAUAACCUUUCACCUAGCACCUAGCAUUGCCUGAUUAAACCAAGCAAUACAGCUGUGUACUUUAAUUAAUCUCACGUGGAGGGUAGAGUUCUCUGAUGGCAAGGCACCUCCUGGAUCGUGUGUAAGCUUUCCCCUUGCCCUUGGGAGAAGAGGAGGGGCAGCACUUUCCUGGGCAGGGCCUUGUUUGUAGCAGUUUCUCCAGCUGUAACCCUGACCUGGAAGGUGAGGGCCAUUUCCAAGUCAGGAAGCGCCCGGCCUGGGUUGGGGUGGGGGCAGGGGGAGGUCAGCUCUAGAAGAGGGAACCAGGGCCAGGCUCAGUUUGUAUUUUACCCUGUGGCCAGACCCCAGAACUCCUGAGAUGGGGGAAAGCCAGCAUUGGGAAAGAGGCGCUUUGCCGCCUGUGUACAGCUUGAAUAAUUUCUGCUGUGCUUCCACACACAAGGCCUGCUGCCUCUUUAGUGCAUCUCCUACACCUUCAGCCUGUCCAUUCACGGUUACAAUGCAGUAGACCUUAAAGAAGUUCCUCCAUGGGCUUUUUGUCCACACCUUCCAGAAUUUAGCUAAUUUUCCCUUGAAAUUUGAAUUCCUGGGGCAUUUUUCCCGUUGGUGUAGUUUAUUUCAGCCAGAGCUCAGAGGUGGUUUCUUAGCUUGGUAGGGCCACAGCUCUGUCGUUUAGCUGGUGCAGUGGACUGUGUGGACACGCUGGUAGGUUUCAACAGCGAGCAGCCUCUUCCCUUUCGAAUGAGAGUUUUCUCUCCAGUUCUAAGACUAGCACCGUAGAACAAAGAGCUGACGUUGUGUCCCGGGACUCAUCAGAGUAGAAUGUAGUUUAUGAAGGAAUAAUAGAGGGACUCUGGGUUUCAGGAGCCUCUGAUUUUGUUCCAUAGCAUCUCUGUUACUCCAGAGCUCUUGGGCCAUCUUUUCUCCCAGAGGCCAGGCUGCUGGUCUGCCCAUGCCAACAGAUAAGUCUCCGCCAGUCUUGGAACACCUUAGACCAUCAAGUCAUCUGGAGGACACCUGAGGUCACCCAAGAAUGACAGUGUGAUGGCUGCUGAUGGUGACAGAGGUACCUCGCCACUGCUUCUCCCCUUGGAUUGCUUUUCCAUCGCUCAUCCUUAGGAAGAGGACUGAAGUCCAAAGUCACUCUCCUGUUGUACCUACAGUGUCCAACACCCCAAUGGGCAGCCUUCAGCCCAGGACCGCAGUUGGCGCCUUGCAUGCAGAGAGUGUCAGUAAAUAUGUACUUGAAUCUGCAUGAGUUAGUUGAAUACAGCAGCAAGGAAAGAUUGUGAGUUACAUCAUUGUGUAUACAGUAGGCUUCCUUACGUCUCUCUGGCCCAUACUGUGUCGUGUACUGCAGGUGGUAGGAAAAUGUCCAUGCAGACCGGUUGUCAGACUUCAAAGAAAGUGCUUCCUGUCACCUGCCAGAGUGGUGUUUUUAGGUGUUUGUAGUUGUUUGUGUGUACCUGCAUCAGCGUGUAAACUGUAUCUCUGUGUGGUACAUGUACAGUGAAAUUAUUUUUGUCCUUAAUAACCAGUGUGAUAAUGAAAAGCAAGUAAAACCUCACAGGAUUGAUUAUAUAAUGCAGUUAUUGAGAGUAUAUAUAGUGGUAUUGUUUUUAUUAAACUUAAAAUUUAAAUGGUAUUUUGAUUAAAAUUUUUAAUAAGACUUUAUGCUAGAAAAUUCCAUCUUUGAGCUUGGAAUCAUCAGGGCAAAACUGACUUUGGACUGACCUUGUGAAUUUACUGAAGUGUGCUACGUGCAGUCCCAAGGGGGUAGCUCAUUGCAAUCUGGGAAAUACAAAAAGAAAAGGGGGAAAAAACCCAGCCUGUUCAGUCUUAACGACUUCAGUAUUACAAGCACUUAGACAUAAAGUUGAAGAGACAGUUUUGGGCUUAUUACAAAAUGUGAUGCUUGAAAGCACACGUUCUUUAUUGUCGUAAUUAGCCCAGGAAAAUACAGCCGGAGAAUGAAACAAGUACCCAGAGUAUCCGCCGUGUAUCUGUGUGUAUUUUGCAAUAUAGCAAACCACUCUCCUGGUGCCAUAUCCUUGCCCUCCCGACUUUAAAGAAACACCACAAGCACCAAGGUGGUCCCCGGUGCCCCGCCUCGGGUACUGUAUUCUAGGUUCACAGCUGCCCACGUUAGCGGCUGGCAUCACAGUGAAAGCUUCGUAGGACCAGGUUAAGAUUUCAUUUAAUAUUUUUAUACUUAGGUCUCUUUUUCCUGCCUCUCCCCAAAGAAGUGCCACUGGCCUUAGUUGUUUGAGCUUACUGCUUAUAUUGUAGAGUGUAAAUAGAUAACUAGAGACUAAACUUUUAUUAACCAGCAUGUUUGGUGUAUUUAAAGCCGUGGCUGAGUGUGUCUGAGUGCGUGCGUGGGUGCAGUCCAUCAGACAUGCUGCCUCCUCGUGUCUUUGUGUGUGAGUGACUCGAGAAGUGGAGCCAUGGGGUCGGGGAAACUGAUCUUCAGCCCCUGGCUGUGUGUGGGGGGCAGUUACACUUGAGCUUUGUUUGUUUAUUAACUCUACAUCUCCAACUAUUUUUGCAAAUAUCUUUCCUAGUUGGUUCUCAGCGCGCGGUGGACCAGCCCUGCGAUGAUCAGCAGGGCAUUAGCUCUGCGACAGUAGUUCUUUCUGAGAAUUAUUGUGACUUGCAAAAGCAGCCAUUGGAUUCCAAAAUCUUACAGAAAAGGAGUAGCAGAAAUGAAAACCUUGAAAUGUUUGAACUUUGCUAUAAAACCACAGAGGUUAUAAAACCAAGUAGCUAUUUGACAUGGAUAAUGAUGUCCACUCCACGGAGAGUGUCUGUGCACACUGACUUCUAACGCCAUUAGGGGACUGUCUGUGAAGCUAUCAGAGCAAGAGAAAUUAAACCAAGCUGAAACUGGGGAGGAGAGAGCGACCUGGUCACCUUCCACCUAGGGUAGCCAUGCCCAAGGGCAGUGCUCUGCUCCCACAAGCAGCUGCCCAUCCCUGAGAUGUGGAAGGGGACAGGUGGACAGCUCUGGGGCCUCUCGCCUGUAUGCACACAGUGAAUACUGUCCUUAAAGGUCAGAGUGGUCUAGAGUGGUGGACACAGGGGCUGAAGCCACGACACAGAUGCCUCCCAGGGCCUGGGGAGGAAGCUGAGCUCUACUCUCUGACCCAGAUGCUUUGCAUUUGUCAACAAAUGAGGGAGGGGAGCACGCCACAUCCUUCCUGAGGGGCUGCCAACUUGAAGGUCCCUUUAGAAAGGAGCUGGAGUGGAGACGCAGCAGCGCCCUUGCCACAGGGGCCCUGAUGCGGCCGUCCAGAGUGGGCACCCACGGAAGGUUCCCAAUGAGGACGCACAGGGGCGGGGGCUGUGCCGGGAAGAGGGCUAAGCUCUCGCUUGCUUUAGGCCCCAAAGCAAGCACUUCUCACUUCCGCUCCUGAGAACACUUGGCAGACUUUCACCAAGUCUUUCCCUGCCGUCUGCGGGAGGAAGUCUCCAGGUUAAUGAGGACCACGCUGCAGGCCUGAGCCCCAGGGCACUGCGGGGCCCCUGCAAGGAGGAGCUCCUCCCCAGCCUUCUCCUCUGAGCAGAGAGCACCCCUGGGCUUCGGAUGCUUUGGGAGUCCAACUGCCCCAGUGGUUGGACCAGGUGCCCAAACUGAUGACAACAGUUCCCAGACUGGAAUGCAGGCCCUUGCAGGAACCAAGCUGGUGCGUAAAGCCCUAGCCAGGGGUGGGUGGGCUCUUUGCCUCGGCACCCACAUUUCCGGAAGUGGAGGCGGUUUCACUUCCGUGGGGUGGGUCACGGCGCCCGCACUUCCUGCUUUGCCAUUUGCUCAGUCCCCAUGAGAACCCGCAUCCUCUUCUACCUCAGGUUUUAGGAACCCAUUUCCAGACCGGAAGUAUACCCGAGUGGAGCACCUGUGUUGUCGGCCUGGGUUCCCGUGGACGUGCAGCAGGCUGAUCGUUGGUGUCUUUUCCAGUAAAACAAGCUUUUCACUUCCGCCACGUGUUCACUGGGGUGUAUUCACGUUGGCUCAAACGAAUUGGCAGUGUGGAAAAUUCCUUUACCUUCAAAGUUUUCUUCACCAGUCAUUUUAGUUUAAUUGCAGUCCCGGUGCCAUAUGUCCCCCUGCAAAUUGUGAAAGUAAUCAGUGACAAAAUAACAGCUACUCCUUUUCAGUGGCCAAACCGCCAGUGUGAGCAGUCUUAGGUGAGCAAGUGGCAUCGCCUCGUGUACUGGAAACCUGUUCCUCAUUAUCACCCACCAGAUCCGAGAAAUGCCACCUCGUGGCAUUCAUGGUGGUCGUCUCUUGAGUGGAACAGUAAUUUAUGUGGAUAUUGUUAAAGUGUUUAAAGAAUAUUUUGAAGAUUAAGUUUACAUUUUACAAUUGCUUUAUUUUUAUUAAAAUAGUUGUAUAUAAAUAUUCCCCUAUUUCACUGUUGUUAAAGUAAGCCGAAAACUUGUAGACAAGUGAGUCCCCUGGUAUGUAUAGAAGCUGUGAUAUGUAUAGUACAUUGCUCUAUUGUGUAAAUGUUCAUGAAUAUAACUGUUCCUGUGUUUUUAUAAGUUGGGAGUAUUUUGUUGUUUUACAACAGCAAAAUUUAUUGCAUUUAAAUGGUUUUUAUGUAAUAGAAAUCAUGCAAAAUAGUGAAGGAUUUAAAAAAUAUAUAUGGUAUAUGUAAAUGUACGACUUUAGAAAAAAAUAAAUCCAACAAAUUUCAGUCA